AUGAAGGCCUCAUACCAGGUUGCUGGCCGGAUCCUCAUAACUCUGGGGAGUCUCAGCAUGCUCUCUGGAGUUCUCGCUUUCUUCCCUGUCUUUUCUUACAAGCUUUGGUUCAUAGGAUGGAGUGUUUGGAUCGCUUGUCCCAUCUGGAAUGGAGCAUUGGCCAUCACGGCUGGUGUGCUUCUACUAUUGGCUUACAAAGAGUGGACCCAGCGAUCCCUGUGGGAAGCUAGUUUCACCUUUGUGAUUCUGAGCAUAAUGGGAUGCCCACUUCAUUUUGCAAUAGCCUUGAAAUCGGCUCUCCUUGGACCUUAUUGCUUCUACUCAUUUUCAGGGACUGCAGGGACCAAUUACCUUGGUUAUGCAGUUGCCUUCCCUUUUCCAUAUGCAAAAUUCCCAUCAAUUUGUGUCGACCCGCCACACUAUGAAGAGUACCACUUGACACUUCAAGCUCUUGACCUGUGUCUGAGCUUUGUCCUGCUCUGUACAUCACUGACAGUGUUUAUAAAGCUUUCCACGAGACUUAUCAAGAAUGGACACAUAAAUAUAAGUUCCAACAAAAGAGGAGCACCUUGAAUGCUAAGAUGGAAUGUCUAGUAUAGAAGCACUUAAUCUCCCUUCUUCUCGCUAUUAUUUACCACUAUAUCCCAUAUAAUCAUGUUAUCCAGUCUGGCACAUAUUACGUACUCAAUAAUUAUUUUUGAACGAAUAAGUGGAAAUAUGUUAAUGUGAUAACUGAAGAUAUGGAAGUAGGUAGCACCAGUUUCUGUCCUAACCCACAAUUUAAAAAAAUUUACUCACAGGAGCAAGACAAAAAUGCCCACUCUUAUCACUUCUAUUCAACAUAGUACUAGAAGUGCUAGCCAGAGCAAUUAGGCAAGAAAAGGAAUUAAAAGGCAUCUAAACUAGAAUGGAAGGAGUACAGUUUUCUCUGUAACAGAUGACAUGAUCUUACUUAAAGGAAAUCUUAAAGAUUCCACCAAAAAAAAAAAAAAAACUCAAAACCUGUUAGAAUAAACAAAUUCAGUAAAGUUGCAGAAUACCAAAUGAACACAGAAAAAUCAGUUUCAUUUUUGUACACCAACAACAAACAAUCUGAAAAAAAAAGUAUGAAAAUAAUUUUAUUUGUAAUAGCAUCAAAAGGAAAAGAUACCUAAGAGUAAAUUUAAUCAAUGUGAAAGCUAUGUACCCUGAAACUAUAAAACACUGAUAAAAGAAAUUGAAAACACAAAUGAAUGGAGAGACAUCUCAUGUUUUAUUCAUGAGAAGAAUUAAUAAUGCUAAAAUGUCCAUAUAACACAAAGUAGUCUAUGUAUUCAAUGUAACCCCUAUCAAAAUUCUAAUGGAAUUUUUCACAUAGGAAAAAACAGUUCUAAAAUUCAUGAGAAGUCACAAAAGGCAAUAAAUAGCAGAAGCAAUCAUGAUAAAGAACAAAGCUGUAGACAAUGCACUUCCUGAUUUUAAAUAAGAGUCAGUCCUUCAUAUGCUUGGGUUUAAUAUCUGUGCAUUCAACAACUGUGGACCAAAAACUUUCUUAUGCCAUUCACAAAAAUCAAUUUGAAAUGUGUUAAAGACUUAAGAACUGAAGCUACAAACUACUUGGAGAAAAAUGAGGAAAAAGCUGUUUAUCAUUGAUCUUAGUGAUCAUUUUUUGGAUAUGACAUCAAAAGCAUAGACAACAAAAGCAAAAUCUAAAAAUAAAGAAACUAACAUUAUGCUACACAAUGAAGGAAACAAGCAAGGAAGUGAAAAAAUGAAAAUGAAAAUGGAAUGGAAAAAAUAUCUGCAAAUCAUAUAGCUAAUAAGGAGGUAGUAUUCAAAAUAUAUAAGGAACUCAUACAACUCAGUAACAAAAGCACUAAUGAUCCAAUUUAAAAAUGACAAAGGACUGUAUAGACAUUUUUCCAAAGAAGACACACAAAUAGGCAAUGCUGUUCAAAAUCCCUGAUCAUUGAGGAAACACAAAUUAAAACCACAACGAGAUAUCACCUCAGCCCUGUUAGAACAGCUAUUAUCUGAAAGACAAGCAAUAACAGAUAGUGAGAAUGUGGAGAGAAUUCUUGAACACUGUUGGUGAGAUUAUAAAUUGGUACAGCCAUUAUAGGAAACAGUAUGGAAGUUCUUUAAAAAAUCAAAAAUAUAAGCACAUAUGGUCCAGCAAUCCCACUUCUCGGUGUAUAUCCAAAUGAAAUAAAAGGAUGUGUUGAACAGUUAUCUGCACACCCAUGUUCAACACAACACUAUUCACAACAGGGAAGACACGGAAACAACCAAAGUGUCAUCAACAGAUGAAUGGUUAAAGAAAAUGGUAUAUAUAAAUACAAUGAAGUAUUACUCAGCCUUAAAAAAAAAAAAAGGGAAAUCAUGCCAUCUGCAACAAUCUGGAUAAACCUGGAAGAAAUUUUACUAAGAGAAGUAAGACAAAGACAAAUACUGCAUGAUCUCACUUAUAUGUGGACUCUAAAAAUGUCAAACUCAUCAAAGUAAAGAGUAAUGUUGCUGUUGCCAGGUGCUGGGGUUGAAGGAAGUGAGAAGAUGUUGGUCAAGGUUAUAAACUUUCAGUUUUAAGAUGAACAAAUUCUGGGGGCCGGCGCUGUGGCACAACAGGUUAAAGCUGCGGCCUGCAGUGCCCGGAUCCCACGUGGGUGUCGGUUCUAGUACCAGCUGCUCCACUUCCAAUCUAGCUCUCUGCUAUGGCCUGGGAAAGCAGUGGAAGAUGGCCCAACUCCUUGGGCCCCUGCACCCGCGUGGGAGACCUGGAAGAAGCUCCUGGCUUCUGGCUUCGGAUCAGCUCAGCUCUGGCUGUUGCGGUCAUUUGGGGAGUGAACCAGCGGAUGGAAGACCUCUUUCUCUGGCUCUAUCUCUCUUGUAACUCUGUCUUUCAAAUAAAUAAAAUAAAUCUUUAAGAAAAAAAAGGAUGAACAAAUUCUGGGGAUCUAACUACAACCUGAUGCCUAGAGUUAACAAUAUUAUAUUGUGUACUUGAAAUUUGCUAAGAGUAGAUCUUAAAUGCCUCACUACAUACAGACAUACACACACAAAAGCCUGUGCUAACCACCAUGGUUUUUGGUAAGCCUUUCAAAUCAACACACUGAACACCUCAAAUUUAUACAAUAUUAUUUGUUAGCUAUACUUCAAUAAGACUGGAAAAAAUUAAAACUAUUUUUCAAAAUAAAGUAAGAAACAUUGUACUUUUAAUGAAUGCAUAUCCUUUUAUUAUGCUCUGCAUGUAAGAGGUCAUAAGAAUAUAAUGUUCCCUGAGAAACAUGUUAAUUAAUCUUGAAUUUUAAACCUCAAUAUUCGCAUAAUUCUUGGCAAUUUUAUAAGUUUACAAUGUUAAAGCUGAUGAUUUAUUUUAUUUUAUCC